ACGUGUAAAACGGCACUAGCUGAAACAAGUCCAUAAAUUGGCCCCACUCUCCAACCUCAAUGUGAUCUCCCCGACUUCUACUCCCUUCCCACCAAACACUGUCUUAAAUUUCCCGGACCAAAAUUACAUAAACAUGGAGAAUGAAACUGCUGCUGUAAUCGAACAAAUCCUAAGCGAAAACUCCGAUUUCGGUUUUAAUGGCGAUUCUUACUACUACAAUUCUAACAAUCAUUCAAAUUCUGAAUGGAAAACGGUGUCACGCCGUCAACGUAAACAAAAAGGAAAGUUUUCUGACUUGCCGGUAAAUUCCUCCGCUGGUGUUGAUCAUCGUCAUCGUCAAGUCGUCGAGGCUCAAUUGGCUGUCCUUGAUCAAUUUAAGAGUUUUUCCGGCGGUGAUUCUGUUGAAAACGGUGUCGUUGAACAUGAUGACAAUGCUGAUGUUGUAGAGGCUGAGAAGUCUAAGCCUAAAAAGGUUAAGAAGCCUAAGGUUUCGAUUUCUCAAGCUGCUGAUGAAAUUGAUGCUGAUCAUCUUGCUGCUUAUCUUGUUGAUAUUUCUGUAACUUAUGAAUCGCAGCCGGAUAUACAGCUGAUGAGAUUCGCGGAUUUUUAUGGGAAAGCUUUUGGUUCGGUGGGAUCAACGCAGUUUCCCUGGUUAAAGAUUUUGAAAGAAUCAAGUGUUUCAGAGAUGGUUGAUAUACCUCUUUGUCAUGUACCUUCUGCUGUGUACAAGACUUCUAUGGAAUGGUUAAACAAACAAUCUGUUGAUGCUCUUGGUUCUUUUGUUUUAUGGCUUUGGGAUGACAUUCUUGCUGAUCUACCAACUCAUCAAGGAACUGUUAAGGGUUCCAAAAAGGUGGCUCGACUUCAACAACAAUCACCUCCUUCAAAGUGUCAGGUUGUGAAAUUUAUUGUGUUUGCAAUGGUACUUCGGCGAAAACCAGACGUAUUGUUCAACCAACUACCUAUCUUGAAGGAAGGCCAAAAAUACUUUGGUCGAGAGAAACUUUACCUCACUAUCUGGGUGAUUACUCAGGCUUGCCAGGGAGAUUUGGUUGUAGGAUUGUAUAUGUGGAUCCAAGUUCUUUUGCCAAUGCUAAGUGAGAACGCUGUUACUCCACAAUUCAGAGACUUGAUUUUGCAGCUGGUGGAAAGAAUUUUAUUAAUGCCAAAAGCUCGGCAAUUACUACUAAAUGGAGUUGUAAGAAAGGGAGAGCGCCUUGUGCCACCUGCAGCUCUUUUUACUCUAAUGAAACUGUCAUUCCCGUUGGCUUCUGCCAAAAUUAAGGAAACAGAUAGGUUCCAUGCGGUGUAUCCAAUCCUAAAAGAGGUUGCUUUGGCUGGGUCUUCUGGAGGCAAAGCAUUGAAACAAGUAUCCCAGCAGAUUUUUGACCUUGCUAUAAACGCUACCAAAGAAGGUGUUUAUUCACUAUCUGAAGAAGCCGUAGAUGUUGCUAUUUGGUGUUUGACUGAAAAUCAAGAAUGCUAUAAGCAAUGGGAUCGUUUGUAUUUGGACAAUAUCGAGGGAAGCGUCAUCAUUCUAAAGAAGCUAUUUGAAGGAAAGAAGUUUCUGUCUACUUUAGAAUCUUCUCCGGAAUCUAAUGUGGAGCAAGUGCAAACCAUUCUUCAGAGUUUCAAGAAAAAGACUGAACUAGCUUUGGCUGGAAAAGAGUUUGAAGAUCAGAAACGCUCGUUGAAUGAGGCCGAUAAAUAUUGCAAGUCUUUACUUGCCAAUUUCUCCAAAGGAUGGGGAAAGCGGGCUGCUGUGUUGUCUUCGAUUAUUGCAGUUACUGCUGCAAUUGCAUACACUAUGUUGCCAGACGAGCCCUCUUACUGGCAAAGACUUUAUCAAGGAUUAUAAAAAGUUUUACAUUCUAAAUUAGUUGCUGAGAGAUGCUUGAGAUCAUUUAUGAAUAAUUGGGGGAACGACGUGGUUCCCAUAAAAUAGAAGCAGCCCCAGACAUACCCAAAUAGAUUGUAUGUCAUGUAUUGUGUUUUCAGAGUAGAUAUGGAUAUGUUGGCGAUAAUAGUUGCAAGACGUUUCCCCAUUUUUUAGGAGUUUGAUUAAGAUUCGUUUGGUAGUCUUGCUAUUUUUUUUAUAGUGGUUUCGAACUCUGGAUACACCGUACCAACAUAACACAAGAGAGAAAAUUUAAAUAGAGAUAUACCAAUCAUGAAAGUGGAUUGCAUAAACUUUGAUUCCUGCUUUAAUACUUAGUAUCAAUGUUGUAUUUAGAUAUUAUGUUUUUAUGUUAAUUAUAUUGGUUUAAUAAUACGCGAUUUCAUUACAUAACUAAUUCUAUUAUAUGUACAUGUAUUUUGUUUUGUAAUGCCACAUAUGUUAGUUUGUUAAGAGGUUGUUAUACAUCUUUCAACCUCAUGUAUAUAUAUGUGUCUCGAUGAAUAAGAAAUCUCUUUUCUUCUC